AAGCAGAGCGAAAAUCUCAAUCUUAACCCCCAAUUUUCAUCGAGAGAGAUAGUGUGUGUGAGUAGCACAGAGAAAUGGAAGGAUCAGGAAAAGCAAAAGCAACAGCAACAGCAACAGGGUGUUACAAAUGUGGCAAACCAGGUCACUGGUCACGUGACUGUCCUUUCUCCCUCCCCAAUUCAAACCCUAACACUAACACCAACGCCGAUCCUCCUCCUCCUCCCACCUCUUCUUUCAAGCCUAGAUCCGCCAUCGAUAAGCCCAAAAAGCUCCCACGUACCCGCCCCAAACUCACACCCGAUCUUCUUCUCUCCGACGACGGCCUCGGUUACGUUCUUCGCUAUUUUCCUCGCAACUUCAAAUACCACGGUCGCGGCCACGAGGUUCGUGAUCUGGGUAACCUGAUUGAUUUAUACUCCGAUUGGCACUCUCGUUUGCUCCCUUAUUACCCCUUCAAUCAAUUUGUUCACAAAGUCGAAAAAGUUGCUGCUACAAAGCGUGUUAAGACUUGUCUAAGAGAAUUGAGAGAAAGAGUUGCAAAUGGUGGGGAUCCCACAAAAUUGCGUGAACCGCCAGUUGUGCAGGACAUUCAAGAUGAUGAACAAGGAAAUGGGGAAGCAAGUCAUCUAGAGAAUGAGUUGUUUCCAGAACCUGAAAAUGUGAAUGACAUUCAAGAAGACAUGUUCAAUGAUAUAUUCAAUAAAGCUACUGAAGAACCCUCUGAGCCCAUGCAAAAUGUGAUUAGUGCAAGUACAGAUCCCAUAAGUAGCGCGAUUGAAAAGACAUCAAAUGAAGUCCCAAAUAGUGGAGCCAGUCUGUCCAUCAAAGCUGAGAUAACAGCAGAGCAGAGAGCCCGUAUGGAAGCAAAUAGGUUGAAGGCACUAGAAAGGCGUGCAGCUCGAGCCAACAUAUCACAGUCUUCCUAGCUUUGACAUUAAAUGUAAAUGAAUAGAUUAUCAUUGUCAGUCUCUCACUACUGGUUUAGUUUACUCUAAAUCCCAUGAUUGAAUAUUUGACUUAUGAUGGUCUGUUGGAUGAUUGUUUUCUUAUAUGAUUCAUUGCAAUCUCAAAGAUUGGCAUGUCGCAAAAGCAAGCGGUUUGGUGAUA